CCGGGCGGGCGGUGGAGGUGACACCCCCCAACCUCCGCAGGGGGUUGCCAUGGAGGCCCGGACUGACGGCGUCCUAUCGAGGGCCGCGAUUGGUGCAGAGCCCUGCUAAUCCCUGGAAGGCCCGUAUAGAACUGAGGGAAAGGUGGUGGGAGGCAUGCGCGGUUGGGAAGGCAGCGCUGCUGUCCAUUCCCCCCUGAGAAGCUUGCGCACUUCGACGGAACCCGGACGCCUGGAUCUUAGGCGGGGAGCGCGGGAAGAGGCGGCCGGGAGUGUGAUCUGAUCGUUGAGAACAACGUUAUCCCGCGGAACAAGGACAGGAGGGUGGAAACAGGCGAGGGUGGGGGAAGGGCUAGAGCAUCCCGGGAGACAUGGUCCGGCCGGGGAGGGGAAAUCGGCCAGUGCGCAUGCUCAGGAGCGCGGGAGCGGCCCGCUGAGCGCGGAGGGGCAGACACUAGCCUCGGAGUCUGGUAUUUCCGAUGAGGCCCACAGCACUGGGCUCCCCAGGCCACGCGCCCCCAGAAGACAAGAGACCUGUCAUGGUGAAGCUGGAGGACUCUGAGGAGGAGGAGGAGGAAGAGGAGGAGGAGGCUGCCCCGUGGGAUCCUGGUCCGGAGGCUGCAUGCCAAUGUUUCUGGCACUUCCGCUAUGAGGACGCAGCAGGUCCCCGAGAGGCCCUGGCCCAGCUCCGUAAGCUGUGCCACCAGUGGCUGCGGCCCGAGGUGCACUCCAAGGAGCAGAUGCUGGAGCUGCUGGUGCUAGAGCAGUUCCUGGGCGCGCUGCCCCCUGAGAUCCAGGCCCGCGUGCGGGGACAGCGGCCAGGCAGCCCUGAGGAGGCCGUCACCCUAGUCGAGGGGCUGCGUAGGGAGCCAGGAGGGCCCCGGAGAUGGGUCACAGUCCAGGUGCAGGGCCAGGAGGUGCUGUCAGAGAAGAUGGAGCCCUCUGACUUCCAGCCCCUCCCUCAAACCAAGCCUCGGACUACAGAACCUGGGCCUGAGACGCCCCCUGGGGGCACACGGAAGUCACCGCUGAGCCUUCGGGUGAAAGAGGAGCCCGAGGUUACAGAGGACCCAGGCAGGGCCAGAGCUGACCCCUCACACGCUUCGCCACUCCUGUGUGGACUCUUGUGCAGCGCCUCUCCCCUGCCUUCACUGGCCACCUGCCAGGGCUCAUGCACAGAAUUUCUGGAUUCUGGGCCUCUAGCCAACCCCCAGGAGGCCACUUCCACUCUCCUGCCUGAGGAGGCCCAGAGCUGUGGGACGGCACUGGACCGGGCCUCGCCCCACAGCGAGACUGGGCCUGAGGGGCCUUCGUGGAGGGAACACCCUGGGGCCCUGUGGCAAGAGGAAGCUGGAGGCAUCUUCUCCCGAGGGCUGGAGUGGUCUGGACACACAGCGGGUUCCGUCACGAAGAAGUGGACCCCCUUGUGCAAUGCAGGGUUUGCGCUCCAGAUGGAAAGCGUCUCCGCUGGCCCAGGCACUGUGAGCCCCCACCUCCACAUCCCCUGGGACCUCGGUGUGGCCAGCCUCGCGGGCCAACUCCGGUCACCCGCCCGAGAAGCCGUCUUCUCGCAUGCGCUGGUACUGCCCCACGAUCCGGGAGGUGAGCAGGACCCCACGGACGAGGAUCCCCGCCAGGGCGUGGGCCGGGUCCUGGCCACUGGCCGCUGGCACGGCCCCAGGGGUCGGAGCAGGGGCCGGGGCCGCCCCAGCACGGGCGCCGGGGCAGUGCGAGGUGGCCGUUGCGACGUCUGUGGGAAGGUGUUCAGCCAACGCAGUAACCUGCUGCGGCACCAGAAGAUCCACACGGGAGAGCGGCCAUUCGUGUGCGGCGAGUGCGGCCGCAGCUUCAGCCGCAGCUCGCACCUGCUGCGCCACCAGCUCACGCACACUGAGGAGCGGCCGUUCGUGUGCGGCGACUGCGGCCAGGGCUUCCCCGACUGCGGCCAGCGCUUCAGCCAGCGUCUCAAGCUCACGCGCCACCAGCGGACGCACACCGGCGAGAAGCCCUACCGCUGCGGCGAGUGCGGCCUGGGCUUCACGCAGGUGUCGCGGCUCACGGAGCACCAGCGCAUCCACACGGGCGAGCGGCCCUUCGCCUGCCCCGAGUGCGGCCAGAGCUUCCGGCAGCACGCCAACCUCACGCAGCACCGGCGCAUCCACACGGGCGAGCGGCCCUACGCCUGCCCCGAGUGCGGCAAGGCCUUCCGCCAGCGGCCCACGCUCACGCAGCACCUGCGCACCCACCGGCGCGAGAAGCCCUUCGCCUGCCAGGACUGCGGCCGGCGCUUCAGCCAGAGCACCAAGCUCAUCCAGCACCAGCGCGUCCACAGCGCGGAGUAGCCAGCGCCCCGUGCGCCCCCUGUCCGCGUCCACCUCGGGGCUGUGUGCAUGGGGCGAGGGGGCCAGAACACCUACCUCACAGGGUGGUUGUGAGGCCUGCGCCCCAGCAGGCGCUCAAUAAACAGUAGAAGGAACCUGG